AUGGACAUCAAGUCCCUGUCCGAGGUGCAGAAGCAGAUCUUCACGAAUCUGAUCGAGAAGUUGAUCGCACGCAAUAAGUUCCCACCGAGCGAGGCCGAGGACGUGCAGAAGCUGUUGGAGAACGUGCGCGAUGCGAAAAAUUUCCACAAGAUCAUGGAAAAGCUAAAGGAAUGCGGCCAGCUGGACGUCGACAUCGAGGAAAACUUCCGCGAAGAGAAUGGCAUUUUUCUAAAAGAUACGGCAAAAAAACUCGGACCCGGCGGCCAAACGCUCACACCGCGCCACACGAUCGACGCAAUAUUAGGUUUGAAUAAUUGUGACAAUGGAGGAGACUCUAGCGAUGCAACCGAUCUCAGCGCAUCACCCCUAAGCCAGAUCAAGCUGUGCGAUCAGCAGCAAAUGAUGGCGAAAGCACAGCUGCCCGUCACGUACGGUCUCGGCAGUCCGUCGAGUCCGGACAAGUAUCAGCAACAGUUAGCCAAUUACCAGAGCCACAUCAAGUCGUUGGACCUUGUGGCGGCCGCUUCCCUCGAUGCGUCCUCUCCCCAGGGCGGGCUCCACCAUCAGCUACCGACCCACCAUCACCUGCACCACCAUCACAAUCACCAACAACACCCGUCGGCCGUACCUCACCUCCAUCAGCAUCCCGCCCACCAUCCGCACCACGCGCACAAUCACCUUCAGCAGCAUUUGCAUCAGCAGCAGCAGCAGCAGCAUCUGGCCCAUCCCCACCAAUUGCCUUCGCCGACGCAUCAGCCACAGCAUCAGCUCUCGCUGCACCAUGGGCAGCAUCCUGUUGGCCUCGGUCAGCAGCCACCGUCCCACCCGUCCCUGGCCGAGCUCGAGUAUAUGAAGACGCUCAAGGAGACGAACAAAUACUUCAUCGAUCGCAACUACCGUGCUGCAUCGCUGGGCUACGGUGGAGGGCGCGGUGGUCCGGAAGGUCCCCCGGAAGACGGAACAGGCUCCUCGGUGAGUGGUGCCACCGGAGGUAGUGGUGGUGGUGGUGGAGAGUACGAGGAUGAUCUUUCAUCCCCAACCAGUGCAGGUAGUGGCAAUGGCAGCGGCAGUCUCAAGCGCAAAUACGAUCGUAUCAGAGAUGGUGAAGAUCGACCGGGCGGAAAUGGUGAUGGUGGUGGUGGCGUCCUGCUGCCGGCGGACGGCUCCGAAAGCAAUCCGACGUCCGACAGCUCCAUUAACAAAUAUAAUAAGCUGCAUGAGUCAGCCGAUAAAUCAAUUAGGGCUAAUAGUUUCGAUUAUAUGAAAAAUUUCGACGAGCUCCGGGCCCGACAGGCUGCGGCCUACGAAGCGGAACAGCAACAUCAUCAUCAUCAUCAUCAGCAACAGCAGCAGCAUCAACACCAACAGCUUCAGGUUCUUCACCAGCAGCAACAGACACAACAACACCUUUCGCAAUCACAACAUCCGCAACAGACAUCACCGUCGUCGGGGCAGCACGGUUCCUCGGCCGGUGGCAAUCCGGGGACGGAAGAGUACAACCCACACCGACAGUCGACGGACAGUGGGGCGGACAAGGGCACAGACGAUGGUGGAGUGAGUUACGCGUCCAGCGAAGAGCUCAACCAAACGACGUCCAGUGAGCAGGGCGAAAAAGUAGGCUCCGGUAGUGAUGAUGAAGGAGGUGAUGAUAAUUGUUCGAAAAAGAAGCAUCGUCGAAAUCGGACCACUUUUACCACCUAUCAGUUGCACGAGCUGGAACGGGCGUUUGAAAAGAGCCACUAUCCCGAUGUGUACUCUCGCGAGGAGUUGGCGAUGAAAGUCAAUUUGCCGGAAGUGCGGGUACAGGUUUGGUUUCAAAAUCGACGAGCAAAAUGGCGCCGGCAGGAGAAGUCGGAAAGCCUGAGGCUAGGGUUGUCCCACUUCUCGCAGCUUCCUCACCGGCUGUCCUGCAACGGUGGUAAUCUUCCGGUCGAUCCUUGGUUGUCACCACCCCUGCUAUCGGCACUACCGGGUUUUCGGCGUUUUGUAGGGUUCCUGUCGCACCCGCAAGGAGUCUAUCCGAGCUAUUUGACGCCUCCGCUCAGCCUCAACCCGUCCAAUCUCGGCAUGACCAAUCUCGGCCUGGGACACCCCAAUGGACCCCAGAAUCUACGCAUCUCGCCUCAAAGUAUGGCGGCCAUGUCUCCCCAGAUGGCAGCUGGCAGUAUGCGCCUUUCACCUCCGCACGUUAACGGAUCCCUCGGCGGUCCACAGAACCUCUCGAUGCCGCAUCAACCCCAACCGGGUCCACAUGGUCCACAGCCCCCGACACCUCGCCAUUCACCUCUCGAGGGUCCCAUGGGAAGUUUGGCCGGCUCGCAACCUCCACCGUUACCACCCACCGCCGGUUCUACCCCCAUUACCAUACCGAUUUCUUCGCCGCAAAACCUGUCCCUCACACCACCCGGGUUACGCUCUCCACCGCCCGGUGCCACGACAGCCGGCUCACAGGUGCAUCUGGGCCAAUCGCUCAGCCCAAAUUCACCCUCACCGACGGGAUUGAAGAUUGCCAAACUGACCCCGAUUGAUCCCGGUUCGGAAAGCGAUACACCCGCGACAGCCGACACAUCGAAAGCGGCACCGACAACGACAACGGCUACCGCCGCCCUCAACAUGACGGUCAACCAUCAUCACUCGUCGGAUAUGCGCACCAAUUCGAUCGCGACGUUGCGCAUCAAAGCGAAGGAACAUUUGGAAAACUUGAGCAAGGGCAUGACCACGAUGGUGUAA